AUGGACCACCUCUCACCCAAUGGCGACCAGCCGCUCAAUCCGGCAAGACACAGACUGGUCGAACAAGUCAUCAGGACACCAGGAAGACAACCGUCACCACAGCCGACAUUGCUAGGAGUGCCCGGUGCCUCCCAGUCCAAUCAGUCAUUACACCGUAUCCUGUCGGAUAACAGUCCUGGCUAUGUGGCUCCUCAGUUCGAGGGCAAGAGGGCACAAAUGGAAGAGGUUAUGGACCUCAUCGAAGAGAAGGGCUUCCUGCCCACUGAAUUUAUCGCCUCUGAGACCGAAUGGUUCUACAAUUCGCUGGGGAUCGACGACAUGUACUUCUCCACCGAGACCGUCGAGGCCGUGGCAAGCAACAUCCUUUCGUUGUACGCGGCCAAGCUCGCUGCCUAUGCGCGGGAUGACAAGAAGCUGGAGAUCAGAUUGGCCAAAGAGGCGUCCGAUCAUGCGGUCUACAUUGACACAAGCAAGCCCGGGAUCAGUGUCAUUGACGGGCCGAGAUACGAGCAGAGAAUUGACGAGAAAUACAUUGAUGGCUCGACGCCGGCACGGAGCUUCCGUGUCGAGUCCUUCCGCUCGAACAAUGCCCUGCCAGAAAACCCAGACCAAUCCUUGCGAUGCUAUUUUGUUUACGAGUGUCAAUUCAAAAACCCGAACCCUGGGCCCGAUGAGACCGAUGUCGAGGUCAUUGGGGAGAAGCGGUUCCUUCAGAAAGCCACACAGAAGACCAAGGAGAUCUACCAGGAGAUCAUCACCUAUGCGGUUGCCCGAACGGGCCCCGUCAUUGAGAUGUUCGAGAUGGAGGGCACCCGGGAAAAGAGACUGGUCAUUGCCUAUCGUCAAGGCUCUGCCAUGGGGGUUUUCAGUGCGCUGUCCGAUCUCUACCACUACUACGGAGUUACGAGCUCUCGAAAGUACGUCGAGCAGUUUUCCAACGGCAUCACGGUGGUCUCUCUCUACCUGAAACCCGCCAGCAACGAAAUUGCCAAGUCGAGGUAUCCUCCCAUUGAGGCAUCGAUCCAUCAGAUCAUCAAAGAGGUCUCGUUGCUGUUCUGUAUCCCUCAGAACAAGCUUCAGGGACAAUUUGCCAGCGGCAACCUGAGCUUGCAGGAAAGCAUUUACGCCCACUGCGUGCACGUCUUUGUCCAGCAGUUCCUCAAUCGGCUGGGCUCCGAGUACACCUCGCUGGUGGCCGCGUUGAAAGGAGACACCAACGCCAAUGCGGAAUUGCUCUCGAAGAUCAAGAAGCGGCUGCGGACGGAGACGUUCACCUCGGACUACAUCCUUGAGAUCAUCAACAAGUACCCCGAGCUCAUUCGCAAUCUGUACCUCUCGUUUGCCAGCACCCACUAUGUCCAGACUCGCGGGGAGCAGGAUGAUUUCAUUCCGACGCUGAGCUAUCUGCGACUGGACGUGCAAAACGUUCUCGACGAUGCCACUUUGGCUGAGAUGGUGUCCACCACCACCCAGAACCAGCACGACGAGAUGGUGAUGCAAUACUUCUUGACCUUCAACAGAGCAGUCUUGAAGACCAACUUCUACACCCCGACCAAGGUGGCGCUCAGUUUCCGACUCAAGCCCAGCACUGAGUUCCUGCCCGAGCAUGAAUAUCCGCAACCCCUGUAUGGUAUGUUCUUGGUCAUUGGGUCAGAAUUCAGAGGAUUCCAUCUUCGGUUCCGCGAUAUUGCACGUGGUGGCAUUCGAAUCGUCAAGUCUCGUAACAAGGAACUUUACGCAAUCAACGCCCGAACUCAAUUCGACGAGAAUUACAAUCUGGCCAACACUCAGCAGAGAAAGAACAAGGACAUUCCGGAAGGUGGAUCCAAAGGGGUCAUCCUUCUUGACUAUCAACAUCAAGACAAGACCCGUGUCGCUUUCGAGAAAUACAUUGACAGCAUCAUGGACCUCCUUUUGCCUCCAACGAGCCCUGGCAUCAAAGAUCCCAUUGUCGAUCUGCACGGGCAGGAGGAGAUCCUGUUCAUGGGACCCGACGAGAACACUGCCGACCUCGUGGACUGGGCCACGGAGCACGCCCGUGCCCGAGGUGCCCCGUGGUGGAAGUCCUUCUUCACCGGCAAGAGUCCGAAACUGGGUGGCAUUCCUCACGACUCGUAUGGCAUGACAACUUUGUCCGUCCGCGAGUAUGUCUUGGGCAUUUAUCGCAAGUUGAACCUGGAUCCCAGCAAAAUCAGAAAGCUGCAGACUGGUGGUCCGGAUGGAGACCUGGGGUCCAACGAAAUCCUCCUCAGCAACGAGAAGUACACGGCCAUCGUCGAUGGUUCUGGUGUCCUCGUUGACCCGGCAGGGCUGGAUCGUGCAGAGUUGAUCCGUCUCGCGAAGAAGCGAGUGAUGAUUUCGCAAUACGACAUCUCCAAGCUGUCACCGCAGGGAUACCGCGUGUUGGUGGACGAAAACAACGUCACGUUGCCUUCGGGCGAAAAGGUCCACAACGGCAUGACGUUCCGAAAUACCUUCCACCUGCGCGAUGCUUCGCAAUACGACCUCUUCGUCCCUUGCGGCGGUCGGCCGGAAUCAAUCGAUCUGUCCAGUGCGGGCAAGCUGAUCGUGGAUGGCAAGUGCACGAUCCCAUACAUUGUCGAGGGGGCCAAUCUGUUCAUCACACAAGACGCCAAGCUUCGGCUUGAAAAGGCCGGCUGUGUCAUAUACAAAGACGCCUCGGCCAAUAAGGGUGGUGUGACUUCGUCGUCGCUUGAGGUCCUGGCCAGCUUGUCCUUUGACGAUAAGGGCUUUAUUGAGAACAUGUGUGUCCACAGUGAUGGAACUGUUCCCGAGUUCUACAAGACCUACGUCAAGGAAGUCCAGGAGACCAUCAAGCGCAAUGCACGGCUCGAGUUUGAAGCUAUCUGGCGAGAACACGAAGCCACGGGGGUGCCUCGCUCCACCCUCUCUGAUCAGCUGUCUCUUGCGAUCACCAAGCUCGAUGAGGAUCUCCAAAACUUCAAUGAUCUGUGGAACAACAAAACGCUUCGGCACCAGGUGUUCGAGGAAGCGCUGCCCCAGACGCUGCAGCAGAAGGUGGGCUUGGACAAGAUCUUGAGCCGCGUGCCGGACAACUAUCUCAAGUCCAUCUUUGGGAGUUUCCUGGCCAGCCGAUUUGUGUACGAGUACGGGUCGACGCCGAGUCAGUUUGCCUUUUUUGAUUUCAUGAGCAAAAGGCUUGCAGGUGCGAUCACGAAUGGACGGUAA